UCGGUCUGUACUUUUUUUGUUUCCUCCUCCUUCUGCAUUUGCUUUUUUGUUUUGUUUAUUUUCCGCAUAAGCCGGCUGUUGGUUGGGUUUGCCCUUCCUUCGACCUCGAAAAUCUCUGCACGUGACAGGGAGAUUCUCGUUUGCCAACUUAUUCGGGAACCCAACCAUUAUUGAAUUCUCGGUGAAUUUUCGUAAAUGUCGACGAGCUCGAGCUCCUUUCUCCAGCUCCGGGCCGGUUCUUCCUGUGCUCUGCCCUCACUUAACAAGCCCUCAAACCAACAACCGAAACUCAAUGUAGCUCCGAGAGUUCCGACUACCCGGUUUAAUACGCGAUGCAUUGCGGCGAAGAAGUCGGUGAAUGUGACAGACAAGAGGUUCUUCGGGACGCGAUUGCGGGCGCCCGUGUUGGAAAGGGUUCAACUUUGGCGGUCGGACGGGCCCGGAAGGUCGCCAAAACUCAGGGUCGUAGUCCGCUCGGCGUUAUCCGCUGUUCCAGAGAAGCCGCUCGGGCUGUAUGACCCGACGUUCGAUAAGGACGCGUGUGGGGUCGGUUUCGUCGCGGAGUUAUCAGGCGAAAGUAGCCGCAAAACAGUUACGGAUGCUGUGGAGAUGUUACUACGAAUGUCACACAGAGGUGCUUGUGGCUGUGAAACCAACACCGGUGAUGGGGCCGGAAUUCUUGUCGCUCUUCCUCACGAGUUCUAUAAUGAGGUUGCCAAGGAUCAUGGAUUUGAGCUUCCACCACCGAAGGAAUAUGCAGUUGGCAUGUUCUUUUUGCCCAAAUCCGAGAGUCGAAGAGAAGAAAGCAAAUUUGUAUUUACAAAGGUUGCGGAGUCUCUUGGGCAUACCGUACUUGGGUGGCGACCUGUGCCAACAGAUAACAGAGGAUUGGGGAAGUCUGCAUUGCAGACAGAACCUGUGGUUGAGCAAGUGUUCCUUACCCCUAUUCAUUGGUCACAUGUUGAUUUGGAGCAGCAGAUGUACAUAUUGAGGAGGGUUUCAAUGGUUGCUAUACGAGCUGCACUAAACCUUGAACAUGGUGGUGCUAAGGAUUUCUAUAUCUGUUCUCUUUCCUCAAGGACCAUUGUUUACAAAGGUCAGUUAAGGCCAGAUCAGUUGAAGGAUUAUUAUUAUGCGGACAUUGGCAAUGAAAGGUUUACAAGCUACAUGGCCCUGAUACACUCUCGGUUCUCAACAAAUACAUUUCCCAGUUGGGAUCGUGCUCAACCUAUGCGUAUCUUGGGCCACAAUGGAGAAAUCAACACACUUAGGGGCAACGUAAACUGGAUGAAGGCACGUGAGGGUCUGUUAAAGUGUGGGGAGCUUGGUCUCUCAAAGAAUGAGUUAAAGAAGCUUCUACCUAUUGUAGAUGCCAGUUCAUCUGAUUCAGGAGCUUUGGAUGGUGUCCUUGAGCUUCUAGUUCGAGCUGGCAGAAGUCUCCCUGAAGCUAUCAUGAUGAUGAUUCCUGAAGCAUGGCAAAAUGACAAGAAUAUGGAUCCUCAUCGAAAGGCAUUAUAUGAAUACUUCUCUGCUCUGAUGGAGCCAUGGGAUGGACCAGCUCUUAUAACAUUUACUGAUGGCCGCUAUCUGGGAGCAACAUUGGAUCGCAAUGGGCUGCGACCUGGUCGUUUCUACGUCACCCACAGUGGACGAGUUAUAAUGGCCAGUGAAGUUGGUGUGGUAGACAUUCCACCUGAAGAUGUGUGUAGGAAAGGGAGACUAAACCCUGGCAUGAUGCUUUUGGUGGAUUUUGAAAACCAUAUUGUUGUUGAUGAUGAAGCCUUGAAGCAGCAAUACUCACUGGAAAGGCCUUAUAGCGAGUGGCUUAAAAGGCAAAAAAUUGAACUCAAAGACAUAGUUGAAUCUGUUCAGGAAUCUCAAAAGGUCAAUCCAGUUGUGGGAGUGAUUCCGGCAUCUGGAGAUGGCUUGGAAAACAUGGGAAUUCAUGGUAUAUUGGCUCCAUUAAAAGCUUUUGGUUACACUGUUGAAGCCUUGGAAAUGUUGUUGCUUCCCAUGGCAAAAGAUGGUGUAGAAGCCCUUGGAUCAAUGGGAAAUGAUACUCCCUUAGCUGUAAUGUCUAACAGAGAAAAGCUCACUUUUGAAUACUUCAAGCAAAUGUUUGCUCAGGUGACAAACCCUCCAAUCGAUCCAAUUCGGGAGAAGAUAGUCACCUCAAUGGAAUGCAUGAUUGGUCCAGAAGGAGACCUGACAGAAACCACUGAAGAACAGUGUCAUCGACUCACACUAAAAGAUCCUCUCUUAUCCGUUGAUGAAAUGGAAGCAAUAAAAAAGAUGAAUUAUAGAGGUUGGCGAAGCAAGGUUCUGGACAUAACUUAUUCUAAGGACCGAGGUAGGAAUGGACUGGAGGAGACCUUGGAUAGGAUUUGUGCUGAAGCACUUGAUGCAAUUAAAGAGGGUUAUACCUUACUUGUGCUUUCUGAUAGAGCUUUCUCACCUAAUUGCGUUGCGGUAAGCUCCCUCUUGGCUGUUGGUGCUGUCCAUCAACAUCUUGUUAAGAAGCUUGAGCGCACUCAAGUUGGGUUGAUAGUUGAAAGUGCUGAGCCACGUGAAGUGCACCACUUCUGUACGCUUGUUGGGUUUGGUGCAGAUGCUAUAUGCCCAUACUUGGCUAUCGAAGCCAUUUGGAGAUUGCAAGUUGAUGGAAAGAUCCCAACAAAAUCAAGUGGUGAAUUCCACUCAAAGGAAGAGCUGGUCAGGAAGUACUUCAAAGCAAGCAACUAUGGAAUGAUGAAGGUUCUUGCUAAGAUGGGGAUAUCAACUUUGGCCUCUUACAAGGGUGCUCAGAUAUUUGAAGCUCUCGGUCUUUCGUCAGAAGUGAUAGAGAGGUGCUUUGCAGGCACUCCAAGUAGAGUUGAGGGUGCAACAUUUGAGAUGCUUGCUUGUGAUACACUUCAUCUGCAUGAGUUGGCAUUUCCCUCUCGGGGUUUUCCUCCCAAAAGUGCGGAAGCUGUAGCACUGUCUAACCCAGGUGAUUAUCAUUGGAGGAAAGGUGGUGAGAUUCACCUCAAUGAUCCUCUUGCAAUAGCAAAGCUACAAGAGGCUGCCCGAACCAACAGUGCUGCUGCCUACAAAGAGUACUCCAAACUUAUCCAUAAAUUGAAUAAAGCCUGCAAUUUGCGGGGGCUAUUAAAAUUUAAAGAGGCAAAGGUGAAAGUCCCUUUGAAUGAAGUGGAACCUGCCAGUGAGAUUGUCAAACGAUUCUGUACUGGGGCCAUGAGUUAUGGAUCCAUAUCAUUGGAGGCUCACACAACCCUGGCUAUUGCUAUGAAUAGAAUUGGAGGAAAGUCGAAUACAGGCGAGGGAGGUGAGCAGCCAUCUCGUAUGGAACCUCUUUCAGAUGGUUCCAUGAACCCAAAAAGGAGUGCAAUUAAGCAGGUUGCGAGUGGAAGAUUUGGAGUUUCAAGUUAUUAUCUUACCAAUGCUGAUGAAUUACAAAUAAAAAUGGCUCAGGGGGCGAAGCCUGGUGAAGGAGGUGAACUUCCAGGUCACAAGGUCGUAGGAGAAAUUGCGGUCACCAGGAAUUCUACUGCUGGGGUGGGACUGAUUAGUCCACCACCCCAUCAUGAUAUAUAUUCAAUUGAAGACCUCGCCCAAUUGAUUCAUGAUCUUAAGAACUCCAACCCAACUGCUCGAAUUAGUGUGAAGUUGGUAUCUGAAGUGGGUGUGGGAGUAGUUGCUAGUGGAGUAGUGAAGGGGCAUGCCGACCAUGUCUUGAUCUCAGGUCAUGAUGGUGGUACAGGGGCCUCUAGAUGGACGGGAAUCAAGAAUGCUGGGCUCCCGUGGGAACUUGGUUUGGCUGAGACUCACCAGACAUUGGUUGCUAAUGACCUUCGUGGCCGAACAGUUCUCCAGACAGAUGGGCAGCUGAAAACGGGAAGAGAUGUGGCCAUAGCUGCUCUUCUUGGUGCAGAAGAAUUUGGCUUCAGCACAGCACCUCUCAUUACGCUUGGUUGCAUCAUGAUGCGGAAGUGCCACAAAAAUACCUGUCCUGUUGGCAUUGCCACUCAGGAUCCAGUACUUAGAGAGAAGUUUGCUGGAGAACCAGAACAUCUUAUUAACUUUUUCUUCAUGGUAGCAGAAGAAAUGAGGGAAAUUAUGUCACAGGUAGGAUUUCGAACUGUAAAUGAGAUGGUUGGCCGUUCAGAUAUGCUUGAAGUUGAUAAAGAAGUGACUAAGAACAAUGAGAAGCUGGAGAAUAUUGAUCUAUCACUACUACUUAGACCUGCAGCUGAGCUUCGGCCUGAAGCGGCACAGUACUGUAUCCAGAAACAGGAUCAUGGCUUGGACAUGGCUUUGGACCAAAAACUUAUUCCGAUGUCCAAAGCUGCAUUAGAAAAGGGUCUUCCUGUUUACAUUGAAAAUCCAAUCUACAAUGUGAACCGUGCUGUUGGAACAAUGCUUAGCCAUGAAGUGACUAAACGCUAUCAAAUGGCAGGGCUUCCUGCAGAUACUAUCCAUUUCAAAUUCACUGGAAGUGCAGGUCAGAGCCUUGGAGCAUUCCUCUGUCCUGGAAUCACGCUUGAGCUUGAAGGUGACAGCAAUGACUAUGUUGGUAAAGGAUUAUCGGGUGGCAAGAUUGUAGUUUAUCCUCCAAAGGAAAGCAUGUUUGAUCCCAAAGAAAACAUUGUAAUAGGUAACGUGGCUCUCUAUGGGGCAACAAGUGGAGAGGCAUAUUUCAAUGGGAUGGCAGCAGAAAGAUUCUGUGUACGUAAUUCAGGGGCCAAGGCAGUUGUGGAAGGUAUAGGUGACCAUGGAUGCGAGUAUAUGACUGGUGGUACCGUUGUUGUGCUUGGAAGAACUGGCAGGAACUUUGCUGCUGGUAUGAGUGGUGGUAUUGCUUAUGUUCUUGAUGUGGAUGGAAAAUUCCAUUCUCGAUGCAAUCUCGAGCUUGUGGAUCUUGAUAAACUUGAAGAGAAGGAUAUCAUGACUGUUAGAAUGAUGGUUCAGCAACAUCAACGUCACACAAACAGCCAGCUAGCGAAAGAAGUACUUGCUAACUUUGAGAAUCUUCUCCCUAAAUUCAUUAAAGUUUUCCCAAGGGAGUAUAAACAGGCUCUUGCAAACAUGAAAGCAGAGGUAGCUGCAUCUUUAAAUGGGAAUUCUCAUCAGAAGGCAGAAGAGGUUGAACCAUUGAAGAGGCCUACAUGGGUUACUGAUGCUAUUAAACCUGGAGGUUUUAUUUCUUAUGGUCGUCAGGGCGUUCAAUACAGGGAUCCCAAGAUCCGGAUGAAUGACUGGAAGGAAGUUAUGGAGGAAUCAAAACCUGGCGCACUUCUCACAACUCAGUCUGCACGUUGCAUGGAUUGCGGUACUCCUUUCUGCCAUCAGGAGAAUUCCGGAUGUCCUCUUGGAAACAAAAUACCUGAGUUCAAUGAGUUGGUGUACCAGAAUCGGUGGCGUGAAGCAUUAGACCGGCUCCUUGAGACAAAUAAUUUCCCCGAGUUUACUGGCAGAGUGUGUCCAGCACCUUGUGAAGGUUCUUGUGUACUGGGCAUUAUUGAGAAUCCCGUAUCUAUCAAGAGUAUUGAGUGUGCGAUUAUAGACAAGGCAUUUGAGGAGGGAUGGAUGGUACCACGGCCUCCCCUCAAGAGAACUAGCAAAAGAGUGGCUGUUGUUGGAAGUGGACCAGCUGGCUUAGCUGCUGCAGAUCAGCUAAACAGAAUGGGUCACACAGUGACGGUGUAUGAACGUGCCGACAGAAUUGGCGGGCUUAUGAUGUAUGGUGUUCCGAAUAUGAAGGCUGACAAAGUGGAUAUAAUUCAACGGCGAGUGAACCUUAUGGCUGAAGAAGGUGUCAAUUUUUUGGUUAAUGCUAACGUUGGAACUGAUCCAUUGUACUCUCUUGAACGUUUUCGAAAGGAAAAUGAUGCUGUUGUUUUGGCUGUUGGAGCCACAAAACCAAGAGUUUCUAGUUAUUUUUUAUGCAGGGACCUUCCCGUACCAGGAUUGGAGCUAUCAGGAGUCCAUUUUGCUAUGGAGUUUCUUCAUGCGAACACCAAAAGCUUGCUUGACAGCAAUUUACAGGAUGGCAAUUACAUUUCUGCCAUGGGAAAGAAGGUAGUGGUCAUUGGUGGAGGUGACACUGGCACAGAUUGCAUAGGGACAUCUAUUCGGCAUGGCUGUAGUAGCAUCAUAAACUUAGAGCUUCUCCCCAAACCACCACAAACCAGGGCGCCAGGCAACCCUUGGCCACAGUGGCCUCGUAUAUUCCGUGUAGACUAUGGUCAUCAGGAAGCUGCUUCCAAGUUUGGAAAAGACCCAAGAUCUUAUGAGGUAUUGACCAAGCGGUUUGUGGGAGAUGAGAAUGGUGCAGUUAAAGGAGUUGAAGUUGUACGUGUCCACUGGGAGAAGGAUGCUAGUGGAAAGUUUCAAUUCAAGGAAGUUGAGGGCUCUAAGGAGACCAUCGAGGCUGACCUUGUCCUGCUAGCCAUGGGAUUCCUUGGCCCUGAGUCGAUAAUAGCAGAAAAGUUGGGAUUGGAGACAGACAUUCGAUCAAACUUCAAGGCCGAGUAUGGCAGUUUCUCAACCAAUGUGGAUGGGGUCUUUGCAGCAGGGGAUUGCCGGCGUGGCCAGUCCUUGGUGGUAUGGGCAAUAUCUGAAGGCCGGCAAGCCGCUGCCCAGGUUGACAAAUAUCUUGUAAGAGAAGAAAAAGGCCCUGCUGCUAGCCCUUUGAUCCGGGAUGAUCUUACUAAGAGGCAUCAUGAUCUUCCCAAGAGGCAGCAAGACAGCAGCAAAUACACUGUAAUGAAAUAGCUGACCUCAAAUUUUCCACCCCACCAUUUGAAAGACGAUGUAUAGAGAAAUUAUUUGUAAAUUGAUCUUUCUCAUGGUUGCCCACAAGUGAUGCUCAACUCCCAGUUCUAGACACAAGGCCAGUACGUUUGCUUGAGGUUGCAAGGUUUUGCAGAAAGCAGGAAGUAGCUUCAAUAGUAGUGGGGGGUCGGGAUAGGUUUUCAUAUAUUAUGUUCAAUUUCUUUAUUUAUAGUUGUUUAGAAGUUUAGUUCAUGUGGUUGUUAUUAAGAAAUAAUGUACAGUUCGUUUAUGUUCAAUUUCAGCAUGCUUGAAUCUGAAUUCUAGCUCCGACCUCUUUUGAGUUGAAUAAAUUAUAAUAUUUCUUUUUUUUU